GAAAUUGAAAUUAAAUAGUGUAUAUGUAGUGAGUUGGAGUUGUUUGGGUUUCCUGCGACUUCGAAAUUAGCCCUCGCUUCGCUUCGACGACUUGGCCUUCGACCGUUCGGCGCCGCCGUCAACGAAACUUCCGUGCCGGAAAUAUCGCAACGUUUAUGCGGGCUUGUCUUUGCUGUUUGCUAAAGUUUAGCCAAGAAUCUGAGAUACACCUCUUUAGAGAGGCUUUGAGCAUCCAUGGGAGGUGCUUCCAUCACAGCUGGACCUAACUCUUCCAACUCCACACUUCAGCUCCCUUCUCAGCAAGAUGACGACCAAUCAGAGAAUGUCAAAAAAGAAGAAGAAAUAGAAGAAUAUGAAGAAGAAAAUGAAGACGAAGAGAAAGGUGAGUGUGGAUUUUGCUUAUUCAUGAAAGCAGGUCCGUGCGGAGAGAGAUUCACAGCUUGGGAACAGUGCGUUAAAGAUUCUGAGAAGAACAAGGAUUAUGCUGCUGUAAAGUGUGUCGAGGUUUUCAAAACUUUGAAUGAGUGUAUGAAGGAGAAUCAAGAGUACUAUGAUUUUAUUUUGAAGGCUGAGAAAGCAGAAUUGGAGAAGAAAGAGGAUUCUAUCAGUGAGAGCUCGGAGCACAAAGCCAGUUCAAUUGGGGAUUCAACUGACAAGCAAGAAGGUUAGCCAGUCUGGUGCUUCUUGAUUUUGCAUUGACAAUUGGAAAGGGUAUUGCUGGGAUGGGGCGGUAUUUAUUAGAUUCUCCCUCAUUGUUGAUAGUUGUUCUUGCUGAGAUGAACCGUCAUUAGUGGCGACUAUUAUUUUUCUUAAUUGUACAUGGAAGAGACCCACUAGGUAUCCGUAUUCAGAGUUAUCAAAUGUAACAAAGGCAGUACUGCAUUGAUAGAGAAAUACUUGUUUUGAGGAGCCAGGAAGUCUGAUAUUUCAGCUCACCGGUGAAAUGCAAGUUACACGAAUGUGAUGCUUAAUAUGAAGUCAUUAUGAUCCAAAUAAGUUUUAUC